GAAGUCACUCACACUCUUUAGCUCUCAAUCCUUCGUAUCCUAUUCAGUUCAUCAUGGCUUUCAAUCCCCAACUAUCCCUUAUCAUUGCUUGUGCUUCUGUGUUCACAAACAACUAUGUUUCUGAACUAAAAGACUACCCUCACUACCUUCAAAACUACCGCCAUCGUCGUUUGUUUCCCUCCUUUACCAUUGAACCCUCAACUUUCAAUUGUUAUUGUCUGAGGGUUUCUGAGCUUAUUCAAAGCCUUGGGUGGAGCCCUCUCCUAGAAAACAGGAGGUUCACAUACUGUCCUGAAGUAGUUCGACUGUUUUAUGCCAGUAUGCGCAAAGAUGCCAACCAGCGUCCUGCAUAUUUUAAUACCACAGUGUAUGGACACCCAGUCACCAUCACUGUGGAAUUAAUUUCUCGUCUGCUGGGUUUUUCCACUGAAGGAAGGAUGCUGAUGUCGGAAGAUAACUUCCCUCUCUUUCAUUUCAAUCUCCAGGAGGAGAUUGAACUUCUGGCACCGUCAACUGACGAUGAAUACACUGGGACAAAUUAUACCCAUGUGAAAUUCUUGUCAAAUGAUCUUAAAGUGCUUCACUUCUUCAUAACCAGGGUGUUUCUUCCCAGAUCCACCAACCAAAUAUUGGUUACGCCCACAGAUGUACGGAUUCUAUCCCAUGCAGUGUCUGGAUCUCGAUUGAGCUAUCCUCACCUCCUUUUCAAUCACUUCCUAUCCUAUGGAGAUCCUAGAAAUCCGGCUAUCUCCCUUGUGUCCCUUAUAUCACCAGGAUGCUUCGCUGCCUUGGGAUUGAUCUGGAAGACAAUGUCUCCACAGUCAAUGUGCUCGACACCCUGCGCGCUCAGCAUGUUCUGCGGCGUGUUGACGCCAGCGUAGGAGUACGUAAGCUUGUCAAUCCCCAAGGGGGAGAGAGAGCCUACCCUCCCACUGCUGCUGAGCUUUUUGAGGCUAAAAUAGGGGAUGGACAUCAGACCCUUUUUCGCAACAUCAAUGAUGACCUGGCAGCUGUAGCAAGGGCUGUAAAGAAGGCCACUGGAGCAUCAACUGCAGACAAAGGAAAGCAGAAGAUCAACCCUUCUAACACUCAAGAUAUGCUAGGGAGUCACUUCAAAGGGGAAGGAACUCGUCCUACUACUGCUGGAAAAAGUAUUAAGAUUCGGGUUCAUGGAGACAUAGCGUACAGUAGUCUUCUGGAAACACUACAGGAAGAAACCGAACCCGAGGAAGCAUUCUCUGGAGACAUUUCAGAUUAUGAGACUGACCCGGAGUUCGAUUACUAAAUUGUUUGGAAAUUCCUAGUGAGAGGGGGCUACUUGAUAGGGUGGUCUAGUUGGUUGUUUCUUUCCCUUAGCUUUGUGUUUGAAUAAGCCUACUUUUCAGUAUGGCUAGUAGUGUGAACUGGGUGGUUUAUUUGUUUUAAGUUGCUGGAUAAGUAUGAACUGGAUGAAUUGUUUAAGUUAAAUGGUUGGUUGAGUUUACGUCGAGUACUGUUAAUUCAUGAAGUAUUAUUUAACGAGUGGAGUAGUUGGAGUGCUGUUUUUCUUUCUUCUUUUCGCAGGUUUGGGUAUUGCCAAGCUGAGGGGGGAGAUUGUUGAUGUCAGCUCGGCAAAGAUCAGAGGAGAGCCUCGUCCCUAACGGCUAGGUUCGACAAAGAAGGAAAGAAAUUGAACGGUGGAAUCCUAGGAGCUAAUCAAGCGAUGAAAUAAUC